AUGGCAGACCAGGCCGGUCGUAGACCCGCAUACAUCCUUUGCUUCGUGAUAUACAUACUCGGAAACAUCGCUCUCGCUGUACAGCAUAGCUUUCCAGCCCUCUUAGCUCUUCGUGCUGUUCAAAGCUGUGGGAGUAGUGGUACAGUGGCCCUUGCAUCUGCAGUAGCAGCCGAUAUUAUCACUUCUGCCGAGCGAGGUAUGUACAUGGGCUUUGCCUCCCUGGGAAAUAUCCUUGCUCCAUCCAUCGGGCCAAUUCUUGGGGGUGUGGUGAGUAAGUAUCUGGGCUGGCAAGCAAUAUUCUGGUUCCUCGCUAUUGCAGCUGUCGGAUGGAAUCGAACCACUUGGAGUUAUUUACACACCACCAGCCCAGUGACUCCGCCUGCAUCGAGUGUGCUGAGGAGUCGCGCGAAAGUUCCUAACCCAUGCUCAACCCUGCGUCUGCUUUCCCACCGACCUGUGGGGCCGGUGCUUUUGGCAAAUGGAGUUGUAUUCAGCAGUUACUACGCCGUCACUGCUGGAAUUCCCGCACUUUUCCAGAAAAUAUAUGAUCUGGAUGACUUGGGUAUCGGACUAUGCUUCAUUCCUGCAGGCUUAGGGUCGUUGCUCAGCGCGACUGCCAAUGGGGUAUUGGUCGACUGGAACUACCGGCGGGCUCGACGCAACGCCGGUCAGCCGGUACAGAAGAACCAAAAGCAGGACAUCAUUGGAUUUCCCAUCGAACAAGCAAGGUUGCAGAUCGGCCUGCCAAUGACAAUACUUGCAGCUGUCUCAAUUGUCGCCUACGCAGUCCUGAUGCCCUUCAAGCCACCACUUCGGCUUGCGCUGAUUGUGGUUUUUUUUAUUUGUUUUUGUAUUACAGCGGCAUACAACGUGAUGAAUAUUAUGAUCGUCGACUUGUACUACGAGACGCCUGCUACCGCGAUGGCUGCUAAUAACCUUGUGCGCUGCUUCCUUGGCGCUGCAGCAGCAGCUGUGGUCAACCCUCUGAUCAAGCGAAUAGGUGUGCAAUGGACAUAUUGCUAUGUAUCGGGCGUAGUGGCUCUGGUCACUCCGAUUCUUGGCGUUGUUUACGUUCGCGGCUGGGAAUGGCGGAAGAAACAAGCCGAGACUGCUGCACAGCUGCGAACUGUACACGGGAGACCAUAG